AUGCCGACUACGAUGCCGGCGAAACGUUUGGGAAUGUACCACGUCUACGGUUCAACUUUGGAAAUGAUCAUGCAGACAACCCCCGGACUAGGCGUUCGGCCCUACAAAUGCACUGAUUGCGGCAAAGCCUUUACUCAGCGAUGCUCACUUGAAUCCCAUAGCCGUAAAGUGCAUGGUCGGCCACUCCCUUAUGCCUAUAAGGAACGCCGUGCAAAGCUUUAUAUCUGCGAGGAGUGCGGUUUUAACACUCUGGAGCCUGACGUAUUCUGUGCUCAUACACGAACCACUCACAAACUGCCAAUAUCACCAGCACCCCCAUCGUCACCUCCACCGUCACCGUCACCGUCUUCGCCGUCGCUGCAUCUACCGCCUCCUAAUUCAGCGUCGAGAUGUCAAUUAACUUCCUGCUCCCCUACUUUGCCUCCGUCACUACCUCUCCCGCUGCCCCCAGCUCUUCCUCUGCCUCUACCACGGUCCUCCCUUCCUGUUUUGGGGGUUCCGGGAUUGAUGGAUAAUCAUUAUCAGACAUCACUUCGACACGAUGUGGAGCCAGUGAAUGAUAACAUGGAAGGUUGCUUUGCCCUCUCCAGCCUCCGAAGCAGGUCGUCAUCUGGAGAAUUGGGCGCAACAUCCAUCUUUCAUUGUUACAGAACUCCACAAUUUCAUGAACACAUGCGGUCGAAGCGCCACAAUUCCAAGGGCUUCUGUCCUCUACAUGUUGGUCUAGAUCGUCAAAAUACAUUAGAAAGCAUGUCUUCAAUCUCCAAGCACCAGCAGCUCUUAGAAGAGCACUCAAAGCCCCUAUCGCCGGUAUACCCCAGCCAGGCUGACAAAGAUUGUCACUUGCAAUCUGAACCGUUUUUGCAAUAUAGACAGCCUCUGCACUCGUCACAACUGCCGUUGCCACCAACAUUAUUAGAGCAUUUAGCCCUGCAGCAGCAGCUCCAAAAAUGCCUUGAUACGUCAGAUAUACCAUUAUACACAUGA